CACCGGAGGCUCAGUGGUGAAGAAAGCUUUAGAAGCACUUCACUUGCUCACUUCAGAUUCAAUUUGUAUUUGUAUCAAUGAAACGUAGCACGGAGUACACAAUGCUUCGAAACGACGACGUACGCUUCAUUUCUUCUUCCAUUAAAAUCCCUCUUCCUCCCAAACCCCCAAACUCUCCUUUCGAAACCGCACGUUCUCACAUCGCCAACGCCACGAACUCGGUUGCGCAACUCAUUCACUCGUUCAGUGCUCACUCCACUGAGCUGACUCGGUCCGUGCUCCGAAAAUCCUCCCCACUCUGCUCGGCGACGUUGUCGUUAACCGAUGGAAAGAGAGGAGCGUCUCCGAUUCUGUGUUCAGCGUCUCUGUCUCUGGCGGAAGAGGCUCAGCAGAAAGUUCGACAGAACGAGGAGAGGGUUCUGAUCAGCGAGGUGCUGGUUCGAAACAAGGAUGGGGAAGAACUCGAGAGGAAGGACCUCGAGGCAGAGGCUGUGCAAGCUCUCAAAGCUUGUCGACCUAACUCGGCUCUCACAGUGCGCGAGGUGCAAGAGGACGUGCAUCGCAUAAUCAACAGUGGCUAUUUUUGUUCCUGCGUGCCGGUCGCAGUUGAUACCCGUGAUGGUAUCCGAUUAAUAUUUCAGGUAGAACCAAAUCAAGAGUUCCAAGGGUUGGUAUGUGAAGGAGCUAAUGUUCUUCCGGCUAAGUUUUUAGAGGAAUCUUUUAGAGAUGGAUAUGGGAAGGUUAUCAAUCUGAGGCGCUUGGAUGAAGCAAUAUCUUCCAUUAAUGGCUGGUACAUGGAACGUGGUCUUUUUGCUAUGAUUUCAGCUGUUGAGAUUCUCUCUGGGGGUAUUCUGAGAUUACAAGUUUCAGAGGCCGAGGUCAAUAAUAUUUCCAUACGAUUUCUUGACAGGAAGACAGGUGAGACUACUAUAGGGAAGACAAAGCCUGAAACGAUACUUCGGCAAAUUACAACCAAGAAGGGACAGGUCUACAGUAUGCUUCAGGGAAAAAGAGAUGCAGAGACUGUAUUAACUAUGGGGAUCAUGGAUGAUGUUAGUAUUAUUCCUCAACCAACAGAUACGGGGAAGGUUGAUAUGGUGAUGAAUGUGGUGGAACGUCCCAGUGGAGGAUUUUCUGCUGGUGGUGGGAUAUCAAGUGGGAUUGCAAGUGGUCCACUGAGAGGGCUCAUUGGAAGCUUUGCCUAUUCUCAUAGGAAUGUUUUUGGGAGAAACCAGAAAUUCAAUAUUUCCUUAGAGAGAGGUCAGAUUGACUCAAUAUUUCGUAUAAACUACACAGACCCUUGGAUUCAAGGAGAUGAUAAACGAACAUCUAGAACAAUAAUGAUUCAGAAUUCAAGAACGCCCGGAACAAUUGUUCAUGGUAACCAAGAUGGUAGCAGUAACCUGACCAUUGGCCGCAUCACAGGUGGUAUAGAGUUUAGUCGACCCCUUAGGCCAAAGUGGAGCGGAACAGCAGGACUUGUUUUCCAGCAUGCCGGAGUCCGUAAUGAGAAAGGGGAUCCUAUCAUCAAGGAUUGUUACAGCAGUCCUCUUACUGCAAGUGGCAAUAACCAUGAUGAUACAUUGCUUGCUAAAUUUGAGACUGUUUACACUGGUCCUGGCGAUCAUGGGUCUUCUAUGUUUGUCCUUAACAUGGAACAGGGACUUCCUCUUUUGUCUGAAUGGUUAUACUUCACUAGGGUGAAUGCACGUGCUAGGAAGGGUGUUGAGAUAGGUCCUGCUCGCCUUCAUUUAAGUCUCUCUGGUGGUCAUGUGGUGGGAAAUUUCUCUCCCUAUGAAGCUUUUGCCAUUGGUGGAACAAACAGUGUGAGAGGCUAUGAAGAAGGUGGUGUGGGCUCUGGUCGAUCAUAUGCUGUUGGCUCCGGAGAAAUUUCUUUCCCCAUGUUGGGGCCAGUGGAAGGUGUUAUAUUUUCUGACUAUGGAACUGAUCUUGGAUCCGGCCAAACUGUCCCUGGUGACCCUGCUGGAGCAAGAAGGAAGCCUGGAAGCGGACACGGGUAUGGGUUUGGCAUCCGUGUGGAUUCGCCUUUGGGUCCUUUACGUCUUGAAUAUGCCUUUAAUGACAAGAAAGAGAAGAGGUUUCAUUUUGGGGUUGGCCAUAGAAACUAAACGUCCUUUCGGGGGACAAUUCUCAUUAGGUGCUUUUCGAAUGUUUCAUAUAUUCCAAUUUUUUUUGUAGCUUGCAUGGGUUUUUCCUUUUUCGGGAAACUUAUGUAUCAUUUUCCUCAAAAAAAUUUACUCAGCUGCCUUUUUAAGGGGGUGUUUGGUAGAUGUUUUUUUUUUUUUUUUGAAUACCUAGAAAAGUGAGGCUGGGUUUUUAAGAAUACCAUGUUUGGUAUUACUUUUCAAAAAAAUUAUCCAGUACGGUGAUUUAGCUGGUAAUCCAUUUUAUGUGUAAAUGAA